CUUAAUAAUAAUUUAUUAUGCAGUAUACUUCACCACAAAUUCAAACAUCAAGCGUAGACUCAGGCUCCUGGGUUCACUACCUCAACAUUAUUUCAGUAUUGGUUGCAACAUUCGAAUUGCUGGUAACUCAUCCUUGGAACAACCCUGCUGAAGUUAUGGCUGGGCUCCUUCUCGCAGGAACCUUAGCAGCUAGUGCAGUACACCACUUAGACGAAGGAGCCAGACAAUGCAGAUCUUUCCAGAGAUGGGCCAAGGUGAUCGCUGGUCUUACUCUAGGAUUUUAUCUCAUCUUCCUCGUUGUAUUCCUUACCUCUGGAAGAUUCCCACCUGAGCUGAUUCUGAGCCCCAAAUUCUUGGUGUACACAUCAUCCACUAUCUUGGCUCCAUUCACUUUAUUAGUAAUGAUGACCUCAAAAUUGGAACAGAGACAGCCAGUUCAGGUCAUGACUCUCAGUCAAAAUCUUUCUCCAAAGCAAGAGAAUGUGAACUUAAUGGCAUAAUUUCUUGAUA